AUGCCGCCGCUGCCGCCGCGGGACCACACCGAGGCUACGCCGCUGCUGCUGGGCGGGACCGACGCCGGCGCGCGCACGGGCUACGUCGAGAGCCUCGACUCGCGCCGCCUCAGUGAGCCGGAGCAGGAGGCGGUGGCGCACGAGAGCGCCUUUAGCGCGGUGCAGGACCUGGCGCACGGCGUCGACCCGAAUGCGUCCGCGUUUCCGCCGCCGGCCGACGUCAGCCACGUAUCCCUGGACGCUGUGGCCGCGCCCGCGCCCGUCGCCGGCCACCACGCGCCGCCGGCUAAGCGGGCCGACGUGCUCGUCAUCCUGUGCGCCAUGUGGGUCGGGUGCUUUCUGGCGGCGCUCGACGGCACCAUUGUGGCCGUCAUCCUGGCCAAGGUGGGCUCCGAGUUCAAGGUGUCGAAAAACGUCGGCUGGCUGGGCACGAGCUACCUCCUCACCCAGACGGCCUUCCAGCCGCUCUACGGCCGCGCCUCGGACAUCUUUGGUCGCAAAGCGGCCACGCUGUUUGCCUCGGCCGUCUUCCUGGCCGGCAGCGUCCUGUGCGGCGUCUCGCAGUCCUUCUGGCAACUGUGCGUGGCGCGGGCGAUUGCCGGCAUCGGCGGCGGCGGCCUGACGUCGAUGACGACCAUCGUCACCACCGACCUCGUCAGCCUCAAGUCGCGCGGCACCUGGCAGGGCAUCGGCAACCUCGUCUGCGCCGCGGGCGCUGCGCUCGGCGGCCCGCUCGGUGGCGCCCUGGCCGACGGCGGCCUCGGCUGGCGCGCGGCCUUCACGCUCCAGGUGCCCCUCUGCGUGCUCCACUUUGUCGUCGUCAGCUGGAAGGUCGACAUCCCGGCGGGCCCGGGCAGCAUGCUGGAAAAGAUCAAGCGCAUCGACGGCCUCGGCUCGCUCUCGCUCGUAUCGUCCAUCUCGCUGCUCCUCGUCGGCCUCAGCCUGGGCGGCAACGAGCGCGCGUGGUCGGACCGCGUCGUCGUCGGCAGCCUCGUCGGCGGCCUGGCGCUGCUGGCCGUCUUUGUGCUGGUCGAACGGUACGUGGCGCGCGAGCCCGUGAUGCCGAUGGACGUCGUCUUCCGCCAGACGCCCGGGUUCGUGUCGGUCGCGUGCUGGUUUGCCAGCAUCGCCCAGUUUGCCGCCUUCUACACGGUGCCGAGCUACUUUGUCGCCGUCGAGCAGACGACGUCGAGGUACGCCGGCUACCUGCUCAUCCCCAACGCCGUCGUCACCUCGGUCAGCAGCCUGGCCAGCGGCCUGGUGAUUGCGCGCACGGGGCGGUACAAGCGGAUGCUCGUCGUCGGCGGCGCGCUGGGCGUCGUCGGCCCGCUGCUGCUGUGCACCUGGCACCGCGGCACGUCGACGCUCGUCUACUGGAUCAGCAUGCCGCUCGGCGGCGCGUCGUUUGGCAUCGUGCUGACGACGACGCUCGUCGCCCUCAUCAGCGCCCUCGAGCCGGCGCAGGUGGCCGCGGGCACGGGCAUCACCUACCUCUUCCGCGCCACGGGCUCGGUGCUGGGCAUCUCGCUCUCGGGGGCGCUGCUGCAAAACGGCCUGCAGCGCAACCUCGAGAGGGCCUCGUUCCCGCCGAGCCUGAUCGAAGCCGUCCGCCGCGACGUCGGCCUGAUCCGGACGCUCAAGGAGCCGCUGCGCGACGCCGCCAGGCAGGCGUACCAGGAGUCGAUGCACCUCGUCUUUGUCGCCGUCGCCGUUUCGGGCCUGCUGGCGUUCCUCUCCCUCUUCCCCAUUGAGGAAAACGAGCUGCCGUCCAAGGUGCCGCCGGCCGCCGCGCCCCCUGCGCCUCGUCCGAGGGAUUGA